AAUGGGCCUUCAUUAUUAGGCCCAUCUGGCCCAUUCCGUUACUGCUUUUUAGUAUGAAACCAACAAUGGAAAGCAGAAACGUUAGAUUUCUGGAAUUCGACGCGCAAACUGAAAGAGCUUUAUCGAUAUCGAUCUGGAGGAUUCGUAGAAGAUAUGUCAAGUUUCAACAGAGGUGUAUCGAGGAAAGAGAAACCGAGACGUCAUCAUGGAUUGACGACGCAGAAGAAGCAAGAGAUUAAGGAAGCUUUUGAGCUAUUUGACACUGAUGGUUCUGGUACCAUUGAUGCUAAAGAGCUUAAUGUUGCUAUGAGGGCGCUUGGUUUUGAAAUGACGGAAGAGCAAAUCAACAAAAUGAUAGCUGAUGUGGACAAAGAUGGAAGUGGAGCGAUAGAUUUUGAUGAGUUUGUUCAUAUGAUGACUGCUAAGAUUGGUGAAAGAGACACAAAAGAAGAGCUCACCAAAGCAUUCCAGAUCAUUGAUCUUGACAAAAAUGGGAAGAUAUCUCCGGAUGAUAUCAAACGCAUGGCAAAGGACUUGGGUGAGAAUUUUACUGAUGCUGAGAUACUAGAGAUGGUUGAAGAAGCAGACCGGGACCGUGAUGGUGAAGUUAACAUGGAUGAAUUCAUGAGGAUGAUGAGGAGAACAGCUUAUGGUGGUAACUAGAAAGGUUGUUGUUCUUAACGAUAUUGAUGAGCUCUGUUAUAGUUAUUGAACUGAUGCAUAAUUUAUCUGUAUUAUUACUCAAGAUACACUUUUCACUGUUUUAAUCUAUAGCACAUCUUAAAUGGCAAGUCUUGGUCAGUCUUUGUAUCAUUAUAAGAUAUAUAAAAUAUUUUUUGGCAAA